AUGCAUUAAUUGGUCAAAACAGGGAAAUCCAAAAGCUUUAAAGAUUAUUCCAUCUUAAAAAAAGCCUCUUCCACUUCUAAAAUUAUUGAAUAAGGUCAAAGUGCAUUUCUCAAACAACAAAGUUUCGAAGUUAGAACAUCAAGGAAAAAAAGUUCAAUACUUUUGAAGGAUAUUAUUGAUUAAUCGAUAUUAAUUGAAAAUAUUAAAAGUAUUCAAAAGUAAUUACUGUACUUUAUAUAUAAAUAGUCCAAAUUUACACUUAGGAAUGAAUUUAUUAUAAUAAAAAAUUUGGGAAAGAAUCUAAAAAUGUACCUAAUAAUAAAUAGUAUACUUAUAUUUGUCUACCUUUAGGAUGAAUACAGUAACGUAGCAAUCAUAGUUUUGAAGCCAGAUUACGAAUAUGAGUUCAAUUUUUCAAUUUCUAAGUUCUCAUGUUUCAAUACUAUCAAACAAUUAUCCGACUCUUUGGCAAAGUAAUUUCAUGAUCUUACAAACAAUAGUAAAACAUAUUUAUAUAUCAAUAUAAGAUUUAGAUGAACCUUACCUAUCCAUGCUUAUUGGAAAAAUAAAAACUCAAAGGUUAGAUGGAGAUAUGAGAUUAUUCGAAUUACUUAACAUCAUUAUGAAUGGUAGAAAACUAUUAGUUCUUUAAAGUUAAACCUAAUGA